UUUUUAAGAAACACCGUGAUGGUUUUUAAAACAUAAUACAAACACAUGAAAAAACAGGUUACCACAAAACUGCCAAAAAAAUGAUUAUUAUCAACAUGACAGCAUUGUUAGGAGAGGAUAACCACAAUUAUUAGGGUUCAAACCUUCAGUGUCCAUCUUAUUGAUGCUAAGGACUGCUAAUUUAUCAUCCAUAAUGACAACACCUGAACAUGGGAUAAAAAUAGAUCCUUGAUUAGGUUUGAACAGAUCAGAAUUUCCCAAAGGUUUGCCUCAGAACAAACGUCUGAUUUGGUUUAUUUUAGUCUUUGGACACAAACAUAUAGAUUUGGGAAACUCCUCUGUCUUUGACUCCUCUCUCUUCCCACACUUAUCGACCUAAAUCCUUCAAAGGAAAACUGCAAUAGUUAAAAAAGGAGAUCGUGUGUGUGUUUUUUGUUUGUGGGCUGCAUGCUUUGUCUUUCUAUAUAAGGAGCGUUUGCUCUGUGUGAAAGCGUGACGCAGGCACUGCGCUGUUUGUGGGUGUAUAAGAGGCGCCUCUCGGCUCUGUUUCUACGCACACAUGGGGAAGCAACUUGGGUCGGUAAGAUUUUGAUAGCCUCUGGUGUCUGGGGAAGCUUGAAAGGAAACGGAGAUGAACGCAACGAUUUACCUUUCCGUUGAUGGCAUCCUCGAAACGUUCAACUCUCUCACCAGGCAUCAACAAUCAGGCAUCACGCACCCAGUCAUGCAGAGCUCAGCCCUUAUCCCAGUCACGCACCCCAAAGUCUCAAAUAUAUCUAAGACAGGCAUGGGCAUCAUCAAAACGGUGAAAGGGCACUUGAGACAACACGGGGUUGAUAGUAGAUCCAGUUCUGGAAAUCGGCAGCUUUCAAGUGAUCGACUCCCCUAUAGGUCCGUGGAUCUGAUGGAGCUGGGUCUGGCCAAGCCUAAGAACUGUCACAGAAUAGUGGUGCUUGGCGCGCCAAAAGUGGGUAAAACCAACAUCCUUCAACGAUUCUUGGGGAAACAAUUUGAAGAACAAUACGAACCCACAAUCGAGGACUUCCACCGAAAACUCUUCUACAUAGGAGGGGAGGCAUACCAGAUCGAUAUUCUGGACGCCCCGAGUGAGAGGGACUUCCCUGCAAAACGGAGGCUAUCCAUUCUGACAGGUGACACCUUCCUGCUUGUGUUCAGUUUGGAUGACAGAGAGUCCUUCAAUAAAGUCUGUGAGUUUCUAAACGAGAUCAAAGACGCUAAGGCGAAGUUACUGAAAUGUAAACAUCUCCCGAGAGUCCCAGCAGUCGUGAUAUGUGGGAACAAAGCGGACUUGAAGGCGCAGAGAGUCGUCAGGCAGUCAGAGGUAGCAGAAGCCCUCGGUGAGGAUGUGACAUUCUUCGAAACCUCUGCUAAAGAUGGUACUGGGAUGGAAGCUGCGUUCAGGGGCCUAGCCUCUGUAGGCAGACUACCUGACGAGACAAUUCCGUCACGGCAUGAGAUGAUAUCCCUCUUCACCUACCAGUCGAUGUGCAUCGGCCGGCGGGGCAGGAGAGGAAGCCGGGGUCUCUGUGCGCCCUGUGCCGCAGUGGACCCUCUGGCGUGCCGCCCGAGCUUCACCAGCGACCUGCGCCUGGUGCUGAAAUCAAGCACCAAACACAACAAACCCGAGAGGUGUCAGAUUCAAUGAAUUUCAAGCCUUCUCGAUCAAACCAAUUGUAGUAGUAUGCUGCAAUAUCAUAUUAUGUAAGGAGUUAUACUCUGCGGCACAUGGCUGGACCAGUGCAUUCAUUUCUUGUUUUUGUAUGUAACUGCAUUUAUAUUAUCUUAUGUUAAUAAAAACAA